GUGCUUCUAUAGUAGAGAGCAGUUGUGAAAUAAAAGACACCAAUACGGGGUUAAGGGAGGCUUGCUAACCAGAUAAUUGGAUGUGAUGGCAUAGAGAGAAACCGUACCAUCUGGUUUCUAAUCACGGGCAGGCUGUCACAAACGGCGAUGCUUCUUGACUGUGGCGCCUGCGCCGAGACAUUGUGCGAAGGCCCACGUCCCUUUUAGGGAUGGGCGUUUUCUCUGGAGAGCCAACACGGGGGCGCUCCACGAACAAGGCUUACAAAACGGGAGGAAACUAAAAGGCCUUUGGGUGCUCGCUGUCCAAGCUCCAAUUUGGAGAGCGCCAUAGCAGACGAACAUCCCACAAACCACCACUCUUGCAUUAAAACGGCCUCUUCGUCAUACCGUACACUGCGGAAGGUCUUUGCUCAAACCCCCGGAAGCGCAUUCUGCCUGCUGAUCGCGAAAAUUCGACAUGGAAGAUAACCACACCCUAAAGGAGCACUUAGACGGUAUAGUUGCGUUUGCUGAUAGGUUAACAAGCGAAUGGGAAGGGCAAAUUGUCCCGCAGGUGAGAGAAGCCUUAGCUUCCUCGCAGGAAUCAGGAAUUUAUACGGCUUUGGAGCCUGCUAUCAAUUCGAUUCGCAAGGUGCUCUGGUCCAUCCUUGAACCGAAGGAAAGCGGCAACACCGAAAGUGUUUUGGAUGUUGGUGCUUUUGUCGACGCAUCUUCCCAGGCCACACUGGUUCUUGAGGUUGCCACUGCUCAACAGGAGCUGUUGGCGGGCUUCAAGAGCAAAUGGGAAAAUCUGUUGGACCAGUGUGAUGCAGCCAAGGUCAAUCUUGAUCGGAUGCAGGCGGAUAUUUCUCGGGGACUGGGGGAUACUGAGGCGCAACUCGUGAUAGUAACAAGGAGAAUGCAGAAUGUUGAUAACAGGCUGGAGAUUAAUCGAAACAGGAUCAAUGAAAGUAUGUUGGCGAGGCCGAUGGCAGUAGGGGUAAGUUGGUGGAUUGGGGAAGAUGGGGGGUGUGGAGUGGCAUCCUUUAUAUUCACGGAUCUUAGCUAACUAUUGUCUAUACAACCACAGCGGGAGGUUGUGGUUAGGCUACCUGUAGUUGGGGGCGCAGUACGUCAAGCAGUAAAAUCUGCUAUUAAGUAAGAUAUAUCCUUCUCGUUUUUCUGCCCCUUUUGGCAUGCACACAAACACACAUAUAGCCAUGCAGAUACUGAUCCCAAUUCCAGCAAUAUUGUGGGCCCAAACUCUCUUGAGCAGGAGAGAGAAGAGCUCACCAUUCAGAACCACCAAAAUGAUUUCGACAUUACCCAACUGAGAGGCCAGCUCGAUCGUCAGGAUAGAGAUCGGACCGAACUUGUUGAGUUAGAGAGUGCAAUGGAGCAGUUGCGCAGACCAGAUGGGAGGUUGGGCGCCGUGCUUACUGAAUUUGAUCAACUAAGCCAAAAACUGAAUGAGGACUGCAAAUCAUUAUCGAUCCGAGUCUCACAGAUCAAAGGCCAUAUAGAAGAUCUGAUAGUUACAGCUACAGAACCCCGUGGAGGCGAAAUGAUUAUCCUCAAAGCCGUUGAAGACCUGCUAAGGAAUAUUCAGAAAAGAGACAACAAGUUUUACACCAUGCUAGAUGGCAUUGGAGAUAUGGUUAACAGGAUUCGGGAGAAUCAGCCGAAUGAAAAAAGAAGAAUUGAGGAACAUGCGGAAUGCUAUUCACACCCAAGUCAUGUUUUUAGACGUGGUAAUUCAUAUACAUACUUGCAGUAUAUCACGGGGCUGGAACUGAUGUCUUCUUUUCUUCCCCCUAGUUUCACCACCUCCAAGCACAACUAGUACCCGGAGCGGGUCAGUAUGGUCGGGUUAUGGGGUUUCCGCUUCGGGCUCAGACUCAGUUAGAUCAGCCGAUACCGUGGGAGAUCUUCUCGACCUUGAAGACGUCCCUGAGACAACAGCUCCAGAGGCUCCACUAAUAAACCUUUUAGGGGAGGAAAACAUUCCCCAAAACCCUUCUGUAGUAGAAUUACUCCAUGGGUUGGAGAUUUCGCGCGGUUUGUUCACUCCAUUUUCCCUUUGAGAGGGGCGAGGAAUCUAACAGAGUCUGUCGGCUCGAUGAUGAAGGGGAAGAGCCAUCGCUUAUAGACCUCGAUUCAGACCCGCAAGUUUAUGGCACCGCCCGGGCAUCUUCCAGGAGUCUAGGGUUCUUCCCAGGUUUGCCGACUUCCUCACAGUUCAUAAAUGAAGCUAACAUUAAGCUUGGAGGUCUUUUUGGGGAGUUACCCGAUGAUCGGCCAUCCCAGACGCCUCCUCUCCCGGAUGAAGCUAUACCGGAAGAUCUCCUAGCCUCAAUGGAGCUAGAUGGUUUGUCUCUUCGUUCUCCUCAAAGGUUUCCUAAUUUAAAUCUCAUACAAGUAGUAGUUUCAGAAUCCUCGAUGGAGGAACACAUCAACGUGGUCCAGCCCCAGGAGCAACUUCCUGACUUACAAGACGAUUCUCAAGCAACAUCUAUACACGGGGGGGGUCCAGCUGAAAGCAUAGUUGAGGACGUGACUCAGGGAAUCGGCUCUGAAAACACCUAUCAGGCUACCGGUUGGUAAAUCCUAUCUUUCCCCUCGAUCCUACUAACUUGUACCUCCAUAGCAGAACCUCCGCCAAAUGAGGUUCCAAAUCCUCGGAUCCCUACCAUUGUAGUGGAUCCUAUAGACGAACCGCCGCCGCCGUCUAUAACCCCCAUAGUAGAGAAGAACCAUAACGAUGGAGAUGACGAUGAUGAUAUAUAUGAGGAUGCACCCCAGAAUCCAUCAGACAUCACGGACAUCCCGGGGGGGCAAGAGACAGGAAGACCCGAGGACAAGCAUCCGGGAGCAUAUCCUUUAGAUACUUCUAUUGUUUGACUUGACUUGCAUGUGUCUCUCCUUAGGGGCCUAUCGACGGUCCAUUUGAUUUCGUAUUAGGCAUUGCUAUUUGUCUUGAGCACGCAUUUGUUUCAGUCAGUUAGGAAGACUAGGAAAACGUCAGUUUAGGCUGAAUUGAGCAUUUAAUAUAUGUGACGGUAUCUUAU